AUGUUGCUCACCGACUUGGUGACACGGCUGCACGACCAAUCCCCAACUUUGGCAACUAAGCUGACACUUUCACAACUUGUCCAAUUCGUCAACCUCGCAAGCGACGUGUACAAGCGAGCAGACCGCGCGUUAAAUUUUACUUUGGAUGAUACUCGCAUACUUCCAUUCCUCAAGCUCGCCCUCGACCUCGACAUGGACUUGGCCGAUUACGAAGCACUUUGGAACCUGUCAUUCCCUUCCCUACCAUUCUCUUGGAUUGAUACUGGCGCCCGUAUUCGCUCGCAAGGUCUUACCCACCACCUGACCACCAAGGUGCACGAGUUCUAUCUUACACCACCCAUCUCUUCCUGCCUUGUGUGCGACAGCCCUUCCAAGCGCAACCUCCACUUACGCCCCCGACGAGAAGGCUACGUGUAUGAUCUGGAUGGCAUCCACUCAGCGGAGUUUCACACCCGCGUUUGCUCAGAUUGUAGCACCACCUACCGCCCCUCGUAUUACAUAACCAACAAAACCAGAUAUUACUACACCGAAGCCCAGGGGAGACACCGUGAUGUGUUCCAGGUGCACUGCCACUUUGCCAUGUCUCACCAACUCGCCAAGAACUUUCGACACUGUCAGAUGCUUGCCCAGACAUACCCACCCACUCGGCACUCCCGACAAUUACACCCCGAAUGUCCCAAGAAGUUACCCGCGACGCAACUGAUAUGUGGAGCCUACUCCGACGGUACUCUCGCCGGGGUGACGUCCUUCAACGAUUAUUCAAGAACUCCACUACAUUGCCGACCACGGCAAGCGACCAAAGUCAUUCGAGCGGUCGUCACCAAUGGCCUUACAAUCGGGCACUGGCAAUGCACGGCCUCUUUGGUGCAGCUUGAAGAGCUUGCCUAUCGAUCUGGCAAUCCCCCCCCAAAUGGCCCAUGCCUAAAUCCUUUGCCCAAGGUUACCUCUCGGUUCUGUGCCGCACAUGAGGUCUCUUUGAAAGGAUGGUGUUGGGCACAACCGUGCACCAACCUCGCGGAAGCAGAUUCCCAAACAUGUUCCAAUGAAGAUCACCGUAACGCCUUUGCCGAUUUUCAAGCGCAAAAGAAGAAGAACUUUGCCCUCAAGGCAAUGCUCAACCGUCCCGGCUCCAAUCUCCCUUCGGAUCCGACUGUGCACUUAAACCCUUUCACUGCGGAAAUCAUCGACUUAGACGAAAUUCACAACACCGACGAAGCUGAUUGCCUUCACGAAGCCGCCCGGGACGGUGGCGCCGCCAAGCCAAAAAAAACCCCGUCCUGUAGCCGCUGCCGUACUCACAACGAUCAGCUGAUCGUGGGUACGUGUGGAAUCAUCCUCAGUCGGCGAACAUUUUACAACGCCGAAGCCCCAAGUGCUCUUAGGGACUACCUAUUGGAGGCUUUUCCAGAAGGCCUACCGGAAGUGGUCUUCUACGACAAUGCGUGCACCCUACUGCGGGUUAUUCACAACGGGGAGAAGGAUCCGACUCCGUUUGAAAACACCAUUAUUCCGGUCGACCCGUUCCAUCAUGCCUCGCACAAAGUCAGCGAUCAUUUUUGUCAAAGAUACACAAACCCCAAAAAUUUUCCCGACCUGCAAAAAGACGGCUCCUGGAUAUUUAACUCUUCAGCUGGAGAGUUAAGUAAUAUUUGGUACAGUGGUUUUGCUUCCAUGUGCCGCAACAUGCAAGGAACCAGUGGAAUACAUUGGGGUACAAAAGUUGUAGUUUUUCAAAGAAAUGCAAUGCCUUAUGGCUCAAUCACGCGUAAAUGGGAGGAAGUAUAA